AUGCAGCUCUCAGCUCUCAGCACCCUUCUCGGGCUCUCUGCCUCGGUCAUUGCGACGAUACCUCCCCCUCCUGGCCGUGCACCUCUUCGUCGCCAGGCUUCGGCCGAUACCACUUCGUCCCUGUGGGUGUCUGAGGUGCCGUCCUCACCUCGCCCCUACGCCGUCCGUCACUAUGGCAUCCCCGGGGUCGUCGUCGUCGCGCAGACAUAUCGCUUCCCAGUGACAGGUCCCAGCUCUGACAACGCCUUCACCCUGAUCUCAGCCGGCGCGCCGGCGUCAGGCUCGCUCGGCGCCCUGCCACACGCCCAUCUCAGCCACUACGAGAACUUUUUCUGUCUCAAGGGCCGCUUCCAGCUCUGGGCAGCCUCCGCAGCGACAUACGACAACGAGGAGGCACGGCUCCUGACCCCGGGCGACUAUGGCGCCGUGCCUCACAACACAACCCACACCUUCCAGGUCCUCGACCCAGACACCGACAUGGUCGGCGUUAUCCAGACUGGCGGGUUUGAGGACCUCUUCUACGCGCUGGCCAACGCCAACUAUACUUCCCCGCUGCAGAGCCCAUACGACAUCAACGACGCGAGCCCCUACAACGCCACCAGCAGCUCGCCGCCGGCCGAGGUCAUCGCGGCGCUCGAGUCCUUCGACGUCUACGCCCAGCUCAACUUCACGCCCUCGCGUGAGCUAGUCAACGGCUCGUACUCCGCGGCCAAGGGGUCUGGUGACGUGAAUGGCUGGCACGCCGCUGCGGCCGAGUUGGGUGCCGAUGAGAAGACGCCGUACUUCGUGGCCAAGGACUUUGGGCCCAAGUGGCUCAGUGAUGAGGCUGGGUUCUACCAGAUCGUCCAACCGCUCGUCACGCCCACGCAGGCAGCUGGGGACUUCACCCUCGCUACUAUCAUCCUCUCCCAGAAGCUGUCUAACGAAUCGGCCAUGAGCAUCCCCGGUACUAAUGAUACCUCCACGGCCACCGGCAGCAGCGCGAGUGGCAGCACAGCUUUGACCGGCCACUCUGCGUUCGAAGUGCUGGAGGGCUUGCUGAGCUUCGAGAUCAACGGAGAGACUAUUCAGCUGGCAACUGGCGACGUGGUCUUUGUACCCGCCGGAACUGCCUUCCAGUACUACAGCGUAGUGCCUUUCACCAAGGUGUACUACAUCUCACAGGGCGCCGAUGGCCUGGACACGAGGCUGAUGGCGAACGGAGUCAGCGGAUGGGAGUACCCAGCAUGGCCAUCUGAUGCUUGA